CACAGCUGAUGGGAGGGGUGCUGCUUGCAGACAGGAGACAGGAUCUAUGGCAACAAUCAUGGCAGAGGCAGAGACCCGUCAGAGGCUGCUGCGCACCGUCAAGAAGGAGGUGAAGCAGAUUAUGGAGGAAGCCGUCACCAGGAAAUUUGUUCACGAAGACAGCAGCCAUAUAGUGUCCUUUUGUGCUGCAGUGGAGGCAUGUGUUCUGCAUGGGCUGAAGCGACGGGCAGCAGGCUUUCUGCGUAGCAACAAGAUAGCGGCCCUCUUCAUGAAGGUGGGGAAAAGCUUUGCCCCGGCUGAGGAGCUGUGUAGGAAGGCCCAGGAGCUCGAGCAGAUCAUCGAGACAAAGCGAAGUCAAAGCUUGCAAAGUCAAGACAGCCUUCGUAAGAUGCCCCGACUGCCCAGCCUCACCCCACAGGGAGUCAAGAACUUGUGGAUCCGGACGGCUCUGUUUGAGAAGGUGCUGGACAAGAUUGUUCUCUACCUGGUGGAGAACAGCAGUAAAUACUACGAGAAAGAGGCUGUUCUAAUGGACCCUGUAGAUGGACCUAUCCUUGCCUCUUUGUUAGUUGGACCUUGUGCUUUGGAGUACACGAAGAUGAAGACAGCUGACCACUUCUGGACGGACCCGUCUGCUGACGAGCUGGUGCAAAGACAUCGCAUCCAUGGUGGCCACUGCAGGCAGGAUUCUCCCACCAAGAGGCCUGCGCUGUGUAUUCAGAAGCGGCACUCCAGCAGCAGCAUGGAUGAGCGCCCUUCCCCCUCGCCAUCAGCUCGCGAAUAUGUGGAGUCACUGCAUCAAAACAGCAGGGCGACCCUGCUGUUUGGCAAAAACAAUGUGCUUGUACAACCGAGGGAUGACAUGGAGGCUAUCCCAGGUUACCUCUCUCUGCACCAGACUGCUGACAUCAUGACACUGAAGUGGACACCCAAUCAGCUCAUGAACGGCUCUGUUGGAGACUUGGACUAUGAACGCAGUGUAUACUGGGACUAUGCCAUGACAAUCCCUCUAGAGGAGAUAGUUUACUUGCAUUGUCAUCAACAAGUGGACAGCGGGGGGACGGUGGUGCUGGUCAGUCAGGAUGGGAUCCAAAGACCUCCACUUCGCUUCCCCAGAGGAGGCCAUUUGCUCCAGUUCCUCUCCUGCCUGGAGAACGGCCUUCUUCCCCAUGGCCAGCUGGACCCUCCACUCUGGUCCCAGAGGGGAAAGGGAAAGGUGUUUCCUAAGCUGCGGAAGAGGGUUCCUCAGGGAUCUGGAUCCUCAGACUCUGUCUCAGAUAAGGAGGAGGACGAGGCCACAGACUAUGUCUUCCGCAUCCUCUUUCCAAACAGCCAGUCAGAGUUUGUGACUCCUCCAGACUUGAUGGAUCAAGGAGCUACAAUGUGGCAUCCCACUCUCAGGAAGUCGUCGUGUUCCUCUUGUUCUCAGGGGAGCUUCUCUGAUGGGGCGACACCCAAGGGGUGCAACCAUGAGAGGACUCCUCUGAAGCUGCUGUGUGACAACAUGAAGUAUCAGAUCAUCUCUCGGGCAUUUUAUGGCUGGUUGGCAUACUGCCGUCACCUGUCCACUGUGCGUACACACCUCUCUGCCCUCGUCAAUCACGCCAUUGUGGCGCCCGACGUGCCGCGUGAUGCCUACAAAGGGCUCACCACAGAGGUGUGGCAGACGUUCCUCCAGGACUGCACAGCCUAUGAGGAGCAGGAGCUGCUUCGUCUCGUCUACUUCGGUGGAGUGGACCCCUCUCUGCGUAAAGAGGUGUGGCCUUUCCUGCUGGGUCAUUACCAGUUCCGGAUGUCAGAAGCCGAGAGGAAGGAGGUGGAUGAACAGGUCAGAGUGUGCUACCAACAGACCAUGCGUGAGUGGCUCGGCUGUGAGGAGAUUGUCCGCCAGCGGGAGAAGGAGCAGCAUGCUGCAGCUUUAGCAAAGUGCUCCUCUGGGGUGAGCAUGGACAGUUCCAAUCAGAAGAUGAUCCACCAUGACUCCACUGUGAGCAAUGAGUCCCAGUCCUCCCAGGGCUCAGACAGGCAGAGUCUGGCUCGCCUGCAGAGUGACUCCAGCAGCAGCACACAGUACUUCACAUCCUCCCAUCCCUUCCCCUGGAGUAGCCUGCUUCCCUUUGGCUUGUUCUUUCAGGUGUUUGAGUCCGUAGAGGAGGUGGACCAGAUCGAGGCGGAGCCUAGGACCGACAAACAGGUGCCAAAGAUGCCCAAUGGAGCUCUGCAGAACGGGACAAGCUCUCCUGAUUCUGGACACCCCUCCUCCCGCAACUUCUCUGUCACCUCCGGCCUGUCGGACGGCUCGCUCAGCACAGAGGACAGCGCUGCGCCCGAUACAACCUUGAGAUCUGCAGCUGUCACUCAGGCAUCACAGAGCACUGUCAAAGCUGCAGGCGUAGAGGGAGAAGGUCUGACCAAGGGAAUGCACAGCCAAGAGAAAGUUGAAGUGAAGGACAAAGAGGAGGAGGAGGAGGAGGAGGAGGAGGAGAAAGCACCCAAUGUGACCAAAACUGCAGAAAGCACUAAGACUGAGGCGAUAGACGAUAACAGGAUUCAACCACUGGAAGAGGGGCAGGUGAUGACCAACAAAGAGACACGUUUGCAACCUAAAACACAGGAGAAUGUUGAGGAGCCAGAAGCUACUAGAAGAGAGGGAACCAAGUUUGAAGAUAAAGGCCUGGAUACAGACAUUAAAGGAAUUAAAUCUUUAGAGUCAGGAGAAACAGGAAGAGGAGUGUCCGAUGAGGAUACUACGAUGGUAUCAGCAGCUGCUACACAAUCCAAAGGAGAACUCGUUGAACAAAGUCUCAAAAAAGAAGCAGAGGGGAGAAUUGAGGAAACAUCAAAGCUGGAAGAAAGGAAUGUGGAAAAGAUGAAGGGAAUGGACGAAUCAAAGACGAGUAAACCACAGGAGGUUUUGUUCAUGGAGGGAAAAGAAAAAAUAUUCAAAGAUCCCAUGGCUCCUGAAGUGGAGAAGAACCUCCUUUUCUCAGAAGACUCCAGGGUCUCAAGAGCAAGAGAAGCCUACUGCGCCUCUCAGAAAGAGGAGACUCAGGUCAUGAUUGAAUCUGACGAGUCUCCCUCAGCCAUAGAGAUGGAGGAGAUCCCCAAAGCCAAAGUUUCCAUGGUGCCUUGGAGUAGGAAGGGAUGUUGUGAACCUUUGUCUUCCUCUGAGGACUCAGCCCCUUAUGUGGAGCUCAGGCAGGAGGAGGAGCUGGAAAAGCCCAGUCCUGAGGGCACCGAGUCCAUCCUGUCUGAGGAGCCGGAGAUGGAGAGCCUGUACCCUCACUUUGAUCCUCUGGCCAGAUCUGGAGACACCAAGAAUGAGGCGAUCUCUCUGGAAUCUGCUGGGAGCACUUUCUCUCAAGAGCUUUUGGACUUGUAUACAUUAAAUCUGCACCGCAUUGAAAAGGACGUCCAGCGCUGUGACAGGAACUACUGGUACUUCACUCCUGCCAACCUGGAGAAACUGCGCAACAUUAUGUGCAGCUAUAUCUGGAGGCACCUUGACAUCGGUUACGUACAGGGCAUGUGUGAUCUGCUGGCUCCACUUCUAGUCAUACUGGACGAUGAGGCCAUGGCCUUCAGCUGUUUCACUGAACUCAUGAAGAGAAUGAAUCAAAACUUUCCACAUGGAGGAGCUAUGGAUACUCACUUUGCCAACAUGCGUUCUUUAAUCCAGAUCCUGGACUCUGAGCUGUUUGAGCUAAUGCACCAAAACGGAGACUACACCCACUUCUACUUCUGCUACCGCUGGUUUCUCCUAGACUUCAAGCGAGAGCUGGUGUAUGAGGAUGUGUUUGCAGUCUGGGAAACCAUCUGGGCAGCCAAGUAUGUCUCCUCUAGUCACUUUGUCCUCUUCAUUGCCCUGGCUCUGGUGGAGAUCUACAGGGACAUCAUCCUGGAGAACAACAUGGACUUCACUGACAUCAUUAAGUUCUUCAAUGAAAUGGCUGAGCAUCACAACAUCAAGCAGAUUUUGACCCUGGCCAGAGAUCUCGUGUGCAAGGUGCAGAUGCUGAUCGAGAACAAGUGAUGGUGCUGUUUGUCUUCUUUUCCCUCCAAGUAAAACGUGUGAACAGCUGUAGCGGCACAGGAGUAAAAUACAUAUGAGCACACACGCUCUGACACACACACAUACACACUACACAAAGCCUUUACAACCACAGUUUGCUGCUAUGAGCCUUAUUGACUGUAUCCACUAUGUUAUUUGUGUUGUCAACAGGUGUAUGAGAUUAUUACGCUUAAUAUUUGUCAGUAUGUUCAAGUGAAAGCAAACAAAACUGAAAAUCUGUUUAAUUCCAACAGAUUUUUGUCAGAAAUCCCUUAAGUGUUGAUCUUAGUCCGAGUGCACUUAAUAUUUUGAGAUAAAGAAGGAAAUUUUAGUUGUACAUUUCAAACCAAAAUGCAGAGCUGAAUGCAACCAGAGACUAUAUUUAUGAGAAAAAUACAUUGUGAUAAUAGUUUAUAUUAAUUAUUUUAAUAGCCAAAGUCUACAGGGUUCAAUUUUAGAUGUGUCAGCAAGUUAUACCCCAGGAACCUAUCCAUGAAUGAGGAAAGAAUGUAAGCAGACUUUUAAUUUUAUUUAAGUAGUAGUAACAACCCAAAAUCAAAUUAAGUUUCACUGAUGACCCAAACUCCAGUUAUGUUUCACACACAACGUUAAGAAUAAUUUAGCUGUCAGCGCCAUGCCAGUGAUUUAGCAUCCAACAGUGUUUUCAAUGUUCUUGAACUGCCUUGAACUGCCAAAUAGUAUGUCUUUAUUUGUUAUGUGUGAAUUGUACUGUACUGAGAGAAAACUGUGUUUAAAUUAUGAGGAUUAUAUGUUAACACUUGUUGAAUCAUAACCUGAUAUCUAAGUGACUUAUGGAUGUCUGGGCAGAGAUUUAUAUAAAGAAACAAGCCUGAUUUGAUAGUCCUCCUAAGUUAUUUUAUCCAGUGAACCACUGUAUAUUUUGUACAUUGUGCAGUUUACCCACCUUGAUUUUUGUAUUGUCUCGUAUUGUCUGGCACCCAUUUGUUGAAUCAAAUGUUAAUUUCAGCUUACAUUUGACUAUGAAUAGGAAAGAUCAGAUGAGGCAGUGAUAAUAUUUAGUCAUGGAGACCAAGUGAAAAGUCUUGUUCCACAUGUUAUUAACAUUCUUUAGUGUGAGAGUGACUUCAACAGAGAGAUGAAAAUGAAAGGUAAUGUAUGACAGAUUUUCAAAAUUAAUUGCAAAUGACCCAAUGUUAUGAGGGAAACUGUUUCAAUGUUUUGGCAGAUCUGAGGAUUGUGAGGACAUACAAAAUAUACCAACAUUCAUGCUUGUCAUUCAUUGCCUAAAACUUCACUCAGUUGUUCUUCAAGUGUUGUUUCAUGAAUGUGGUAAGGUGAAUUGCAUUUAAUAUUGGUGUUUCUUUGAGAACGCUAACUGCUGUCAGAAAAAAAAAAACCUAUUUUAAUUCAUUGUAAAAUUUAUU